AUGCCAUCGCUUCUCUUCCAUGGAGCUCAUUCGCAGGUUUCGACUACUGGCGAUUUCGAGACCGUGGACGAGGCCUUCGUCGCGGAAUCCUGCGUGGCAUUUCUGGAGUUACGCGCGUCUACAGAAGAAUGCAUUCAGUCGGUGCUUAAGUACCUGGACGAUGGUCAUCGGCGGCUUGGGAUUUCGCUGGCUACUGGCGCUGGCAAGACGGUCAUAUUCACGCAACUCAUCGACCGAAUCCCGCCGCGCGAUGCCACAGCCACCAAGACCUUGAUCAUUGCUCAUAGACGAGAGCUAGUCGAGCAAGCUGCGAAGCAAUGCCGUCUCGCAUAUCCGGACAAAAUCGUGGAGAUAGAGAUGGGGAAUGAAAAGGCGGCAGGCCAUGGAGAUAUCAUUAUCGCAUCCGUGCAGACCCUUUCUCGGGGGCGAAUCUACAACUUCGACCCGAGUGCAUUCAAGCUGGUCCUCGUGGAUGAAGCACAUCACAUCGUGGCGCGAUCCUAUCGAGAAGCUUUAGGCCAUUUCCGGUUAAACGAGCCGGCCUCGGAUGCACCCAUUCUUGUGGGCGUGUCUGCCACCUUUUCGCGAUUCGAUGGACUCAAGCUCGGUGCGGCGAUCGACCAUAUUGUCUAUCAUAAGGAUUACGUGGAUAUGAUAGGGGAGAACUGGCUUGCUGAUGCAAUCUUCACUACUGUGAAGUCUGAAGCAGACCUCUCUAAGGUCAAAAAGGAUCAGUUCGGGGACUUUUCUCUCAGCUCCCUUUCCGAAGCUGUCAACAAAAGGACCAUUAAUGAUGUGACCGUCCGUGCCUGGAUGGCUAAUGCGAAGGAUCGCAAGUCGACUUUGGUGUUCUGCGUGGACAUCAAGCACGCCAUGCAACUUACGGAAACAUUUCGGGCACAUGGCGUUGAUGCGCGGUAUAUUACAGCUUCCACACCCCCAAAAGUCCGUGCCGAACAGCUUGAGGCAUUCCGAAAUCAAGAAUUCCCAGUCCUUCUGAACUGUGGUCUCUUCACGGAAGGUACAGACAUUCCGAAUAUUGACUGCGUUCUUCUGGCGAGACCUACCAAGUCUAGGAAUCUGCUCGUGCAGAUGAUUGGACGAGGGCUACGCUUGCAUCCUGGGAAACAGAAUUGCCAUAUCAUCGAUAUGGUUGCUUCGCUAGCAACGGGCGUUCUCUCCACGCCAACUCUGUUUGGGCUUCACCCAGACGAGAUCCUCACCGAAUGCACCGUGAAAGAAUUACGAGAAGGGAGACAAGGACAGCCUGAAAUGGAAGCUCCUGAACUGCCAGACAAAAUGGAGGACUGGGAUCAAGAUGUCGACCUUACAUUUACUACUUACGACAGUGUCUACGAUCUCUUGAAUGAUUCCCGAUCUGAACGGCACAUCCGUUCCUUGAGCCCACACUGUUGGGUCCGAGUAGAAGACAAAAAGUAUCUGCUGUCCGAUUCAUCGGGAUGGUUAACCAUUGAACGUCAAGACAAGGAAUUCGUCGUUCGGCACGUUAUGAAAUUCCACGACCCGGUGACUGAAAAUCCAACGUUCACCCGCCCACGCGUGAUUGCCACGGGGGAAGACUUCGAAACAACUGUGCGGGCAGCAGACACCUAUGCAAAUGAGAAAUUCAACCAACGCAACAUUUCAAAUUGGAUGCCUUGGAGACGAGCGCCAGCCACCUCCGCGCAGAUCUCACUGCUGAACAAAGCUAAGAUUCGGAACGCAAAGCUGAUGAGUGGUGAUUUGACCCGCGGCCAAGCAGCUGAUAUCAUCACCAAGCUCAAGUUUGGUGGCAAAGGACGGUACAAGGCAACGGAAAGCAAACAGAAGAAGUUGAAAAGGAAACAAGAUGCUAUCGACGAAUUUCAGGAGCUACAGAAAAGAACCCAUGUUAGCGUUGGUCCGCUGGAAGCUUGA